UAUUAAAGAAAUAAUUUAGAGUUUACUCAAAAAUUAAUCCAGUGAAUUUAUUUCCAACAAAUAGAAAACCCUUUACGUUUCUCAAGCUCAAUCGCCCCAGAUAUGAUAGGAAAAUGGUAUUAACUGACCAGGCAUAUCUCAAACCAAUCGUUUAUCAGUCACUCGUGUGAGUUCAUAGGGUUCAGAGAAUGAAUUUCAAACGCGAAAUCUUGCUGAGUCUCUUUCUGGGGAUUUUAGCGGAGUUUGUUGUGCAAGCUCUCGAAGAUGAAGCUAUUGUGAAUCUCCCCAAUGGACCAAUACGAGGGGAAAAGUUCCCUAAAUUUUUCGCGUUCAAGGGAAUCCAAUAUGCGGAGUCCCCGGUGGGUGAAAAACGUUUUGAACCUGUGGGACUUUUCAGUGAAAAGUGGACAGAAGUGAAAGAUGUGAGGGAAUUUGGGGCUAGCUGUGUCCAGCUUCCUCACAUGGGCUACAGUGACGAAGCAAUUAUUGAGGGCGAGGAAGACUGUCUAUUCCUUAAUGUGUUCACCUCAAGCUUGGACACCGAGAAGAAGCUCCCAGUCUUCUUUUACAUCCAUGGUGGUGCAUUUAUGUUUGGUGGAGGAAAAUUGUUUACUCCUGAGAGAAUUUUGGAGCAUCAGGAAAUGGUUUUUGUCACAAUAAAUUACCGUGUGGGAAUUAUGGGAUUUUUGAGUACAGAAGAUGAAGUUGUUCCUGGAAAUAUGGGACUGAAGGAUCAAGUAGUGGCCCUUCAAUGGGUUAAACAAAAUAUCCAUCUAUUUGGAGGGAAUCCCGAUUCUGUUACUAUCACAGGAUUAUCUGCUGGAGGUGCAAGUACUCAUCUUCAUUACUUCUCACCCCUUUCCGAGGGUCUCUUUCAUCGGGGAUUGUCUCAAAGUGGAUGUGCUCUCAAUCCAUGGGUCAUGGCGGAAAAUUCAAGAAAGAAAGCCCUCAUGGUGGCUGGUCAUUUAAAAUGUCCAGUUGAUAAUAUUGAAAAGGCAAUAGAAUGCUUACAAACCAAACCUGCUGAAGAGGUUGUUAGAAGUGCUACUCUCUUCCUUCCAUGGCUCUACAAUCCAUUCUCGCCAUUUGGCGUAGUUGUCGAAAAGAAAGGAUCAAACCCAUUCCUUUCUGGCCAUCCUGAGGAUCUUCUAAGAACUGGAAAAGUGUCUAAAUUGCCUUGGAUUGUUUCUCUAACUGAUUCUGAAGGACUCUAUCCAGUUGCUGAUUUUGUGAAUCCUCCAUCCAGGCUUGAAGAGCUGAAUAAAAAAUGGGUUGAAUUGGCGCCAAUUGUUUUGGAUUUUGCUGGAACAGUUGCAAAUAGAGAUCAAAAUUCUGUGGCAAAGAUAAUCAAAAGAACCUAUCUGGAAACGGAAGAUAUCACUGAAAAGAAUCUUCCUAAACUUGUGGAUAUGUUCAGUGAUCGGCUCUUUGAUAUUGGAAUCAGUUUAAGUGCUCGCCUUCAUGCUGAAGUCCUAAAGUCUCCAGUUUAUCUUAUCCAUUUUACCUAUCGUGCCAAUUUCGGAAUUCAACACUUUUUUGCUCCAAAUUUCAAAUUCAAAGGAGCUGGACACGCAGAUGACAAUAUGAUUCUCUAUAAGACCCCACUGAGACCACUGCCUCUCACUACAAAUGAACAGCUCAUGGUGAAACUCUACGCAGAAUUUUUUGUCUCUUAUGCCACACAGGAAAAGCCUAAAAUGGCAGAAGUUACUCUAGUGCCCAUUACCAGUAAAUUUAUGCCAUUCCUGCACAUUAAAUCUCCCGAAAAUAUCACCAUAGGAAAUACCGUAGGAUUCGCAAAUGAGAAGUUCUGGUAUUCCCUCCCAAUAGCUGAAUAUACCAAGUGGAAUGCCCCCAAGAAACCGCAGAAAAUUGAGCUCUAGAAAUUAUCAUCAUGGGCUGCUUUAUCAUUUACACAUUGAUAAGGCAAUUCGGCAAAUAUUUUAGUAUUGUCUCGCCGGAGAAGACAGACAAGAAAUACAUUAAGUACCCUUAUCUUCUCACUCAGAGGCUUAAUAAAUUAUCUGUGAAUCCCUGAA